UUACACUUCGGUUGGGUGAAGUGAUCUCGCGGCGAAACCAGUGAGAGACGCGCCGCGGAGCGCUGCGCAUGCGCCGACCACCUGCACCCACCACCGCCGCUGCUAUACACGAACGUUCACCAGUUCAACAUUUUUAUUGUAAUGUCAAAAUAGUGCCAAAGUAGUUAGUGUGUAGAAUCAAGUGUGAAAUCUAAUUGUUAUAGCAGUGAAUGCACCGGCCGUGUUUACCUGGGACCGUACGUUUAUGCUUAAUACAACAACAAUAGAAAGUAUUGCGUCAGCGGCGGGGGUAUGGACCAAGUCAGCGGAAACAGCGCCAGCUGGCAAGACGGAGAAACAUGGGAGUCUACCGCGGAGCCGAUUAUAUCGGUGUCAGCGAUGGCGAAGGAUGCUCCGACGCUGACUGUAGCUACCAUCAUCGGGGUCACGGUGGUGGUACUGGUGGCAAUCGUUGUUGUGUUCCUGCUCGGAGUCCUUAUUGACUGUCGACAGCAGAAAAUGUUAGAGAAAAAGAUGGGAGAAGUGAAGCGGUCGAAGAGCCAUAGAAGAGUGUCUGCCCACCCUGAAGGUGACGUGACCAGCAUCGUCAACAACAUGGAGGAGCCAGAACUGAGCGUGCCACCUGCCGAAGCAUUACGGACUAUCCCCUGAUAGUGACUCGAAUUUACUAGCAUUUUAACAUGAAGCCAUUUUGAUGAAAGAUCUUAUACUUAAAUAGACGUAGCUUAGGUUUACAAAGGAGGGCACAUAAUAUGUAAGGGUAAAUUUUACAAAGAAACAUCUGGCACAUGUAUAAGGUAAAGUUUACAAAGCUACAAGGAAUACUCGUAAUAGAGACAGUCGUCCGAAACAUGCAUAAGAGACUUUAUUUUUAUUAUAAGCACCUAGAUCCGACGGAUAGCGCGUUGUUUCAACAAUACUUGUUCAGGUGCGACGAAGUGUGAAGCUUUGCAGAAAUAUUUAGUUUUAUUAAACCGUAUCAAGAUCUAUAGGUUUCGCUCUUUUAUAAUAUUCUGAAUAGUAAGAAAUAAGUACGUAUCAUGCUUGUAAUUUUAUUUAAAAAAUGUUCACUGUAAAGUUUUACAAAUUUUAUUUUAAUAUUUCUGUUUUGUAUAUUAAACCAAGUUUAACGUGGAAAUAAAUGAAAAUCAUACAUAAGUACCUAUUAAAUCCUGAAAAAUGUGCCAUAGUUUUGGUCACUUAAAUUACUAUAUUCAGAUUUUAGAAGAUUUUUUGAAUGUAACGAUUAUUUUACUUAUAUAAUGAUUUAUUUUUAAUAGAAAUGUCCUUAAUUUGCUAGUUAUAAUGUUAUAUAUUUAAAUAGACCAAAGUAAUUGUAUAGUGUCAUUACAAUUAAGUAAGAACUAUUUCAAAUUCAACAAAUGUAGGUAUUUUUUUUUAAUUCGUAAUGAAGUAGGUAAUUUAAUAAGUCAUUAAAUAUUUAGGUGGUUAAAUAUUAUUGUAAAAAUGUGUUAUUGAUUUAUGUGUGUAGAUGUAUUGUUAUGACUUUUGAAAAAUAAGAAUCAACAAGAAAGAAUCUGAUAUAAAAUAUACAUAAUCAAUAUUA